AAGCUCUGUUCUGCUCCGAUACCCUCUACCCCCACCCCGAGUAAGGGAUCCGGGGACAGAAGGGGCUAGUUCCUCUCGGCUACCACUGGUUUCUGGUCCAUCUCUGGUGAAUAUUCAUGAGCUUGUCUGGUUUCUAGGAGCAACAGUAAACACACUAGAGCAACCCUUGGCAUUGAUGGAGCACUCACUGUCCCAAGCUCUCCGACAAAGAGACAGGAUUAGGCCGUCUCUGAGCUCCAGCAAACUUCAGCUGGCCCCGCUCAUGUGGACUGAGGUUUGGAGGGAAGCUGAGACGGAAGGGAGAGGCUUUAUAACUUACAGAGGAGAUUCUGUCCUGGCCCAGAUCAGAUUAGAUGAGCUUGGAGAUCUGUUCUAGCUCUCAGAUCUCAGGGGCUCAGCGGACCGGUGCAGAACCAGGAAAUAACAAGCAAAGAAGUUCGCUUUAAUAUUCUUGGAUGCAGUGGUUCCAUUCACUAGGAGGGAGCAACAGAUACCAGAAGACCUUUCUGAUAGACACUUUAAGCAAGAAUGGGGAGCCCUUCUCCGGCAUUGAAGAGAGCCACAUUAGCUGGCCGCAGGCAACAAUCACCCAGGCCCUUUGACUCAGCCUUGGUUUCCACCCCUGCCCUCCCUAGUAUUCCAGCAGGUAUCAGCCCCACCUGGACACAGGGAGCCCAAGCCCGGGAGGCUGAGCAGGCUGCACUGCAGGCAAACCAGGUCCAUCAGGAUAACCUGUGGAGGGAGCUGCUGGAGGCUGAGCUCAGAAGCAACAAACGCUGGGUUGAAAAUUGGAGUUUUUUGAAAGACUAUGAUCAGAUGGGUAAUAAAAAAGAACAUCCAAAAUUACCAGAAUACAUCUCUUUAUUUUCUGACACAGUUCCCAGCACAGCUAAUCAAGUUAUUGGCAGCAGGGUGAAUACAGAGCUAGGUAAGAAGAUAGCAAGCAUGGAUUUCUUCUUCGUAGAAGGAAACCGUAAGAAAAAACUUAAGGAUGAUUUUCAAUCCAUCUAGUAUCCCAAAGAAAUAUUACAUGUUCUUCCCCAAAUGUGCAGCAAGCUCAAGCUGAAACAGAUGACAAAAAACAAAUUAAUGAAGAACACCAUUUUCACAACCAAUGUUGUCAAAGGAUCUAUCAGCCCUACUGAGCUUAUCAAGGCUGAGCUCCAAGGAAGCAGAAUGGAAUCAUUGGGAGAAAAUUAGAACUGGCAAAGACUCCACAGAUCACUGAAUCCAAACCUCUUGUUUUAUAUAGAAGGAAACAAGGCCAGGAGAAGGGAAAUGCUUUGCCCAAAAUCACAUUAUAAUUUAAUGGCCUCGCUGGAGCUUGAAUCCCCUGACUCCUGUCUAGUUGACUUUUUUGCAUCAGAACUGACAGCCUCUAAAUCAACUCUGGCUAUGACAGCCUUUCCAAAGAGAUGUAAACAUCCAUUGUAUAAAUUUUCAAGGGAAUUAUUAACUUGAUCUUAUUAUUGGCAAAGUCAAAGUAUAGGAGGAUUAAUGUUUCCCAAUGGGGAGGUGUUAUUUCUACCUUUGGGAGAUUUGAUCAUUUAAGAUUGCUCAGCAACCUGCAGUAGGCGCCCCACACCCAGGCAUGUCUUAGGAUCAAGCUAACUCUCCCGUGUCAUAAUGAAAGCUCCCUGUGUACUUCAUACAAAAGACAUGAAACAGGAUCUGGAGUCAUCAGGAAAAUGAAUCAUAGGGCUCCUUACAGAAGUCUUCAAUUCCUCUUCAAAGUAUUUACAAUGGAAGCCCCAACCCUAUGAAGCUCUCAGUCUUGUGCAGCCUCCCUGAUAGCAUUCAACCAGGUUGCCUAAACAGCUUGAAGAAUGGGCUUGCAUAAAUAUACCAAAGGCAAGCUGAUGCAUAUGGGAGAAGAUGGAGGACUGGAGAAGGGGCAAUAGAGGAAAGGUAUCAAAAUAGAAUAGGAAAUAAUAUUGAGGGCACCUGGGUAAGAGCCAUGAGAGAAAUCCUAAUCACAGAUUCAUUGCUUCUUUUUCAUUCCUUCACCAUUUGUAUAUUCACCAACAUUUAUUAAGCUGACUUUGUCCAGAGAGAGAACU